AUGCGAACCUCCUUUCAGACCGACAAGGAAGGCAAGCCGAGCGUCAUAUUUGUGCGUGCGAAAGUCGUCGUUGCAGUCGCAGACGAUUUUUCCUCGUUCACGGACGAGGAUUGGCUGGCGAAGCUUCCAGACAAAUCAUCCGCGUUAUACGCAUGCAGCUUACCGUCGAUCGAGGCGUGGCUCCGAUCGUUAGGGUUUCAACAAUCGUCCGCGAAGCCUGAGCUCUGGCGUCUUGAGCGGAGCGACUGGCAUGCGGAGCUGGUCACGGAUGUAACAGAUGUGGUCGUGAGGUACUUGAAGAGCGGACCUGGCAACCUGAGCAGAGACAUUGAACGGAAGUUCAGCUAUUCUUUCAGCAGAGAGGACGUGGAGAAGGCCAUUCUCGAUGGCCCAUGA